AUGCCUGAAGCCCUAGUGAAAGUGGAGCCCCAGGCCACACAGGCUCAGCCUGCGGGGAGCACGGUGCCCAGGGAGGCCAGGGAAGCCAUGAAGGCCAGAGAGACCGGAGAGACCAGAGAGACCGGAGAGACCGGAGAGGCUGGAGAGGCCGGAGAGGCCAAGGAGGCUAGGGAGGCCACAGAGGCCAGGGAGACCAGAGAGGGCAAGGAGGCCAGGAAGGUCAAGAAAAAAUCCCGGUUAAUCAGGGCGCUUUCAUUUUCCGUGAUCAGUUUCGGCAAGAAAAGAAAGAAGGCUAGGUCCCCACCCUCUGUUGUCAAGAACACGGGAGAAGAGAAUGAAAAUUUGGAGAAGCUCUGUAGCUUGGGCUGGAUAGUUAUUCCCAGCUGUCAGCGAUUUAAUAAUAUGCGCUGCUUUAUGGUUUUCUUCUGCAUCCUGCUGAUCUCUCAGGGUAUGGUGUUUGGUCUUGUAAUUCUGAGUAUCAACACGCUUGAGACUGGCAACCGUCUGAAAACCACUGAGGCUAUGUUGUUGUCCUCAACUUAUGAUAUUUCGUCUUUCCUGGUAGUCCUGUUUAUAUCAUACUAUGGAGGGAAAGGAAACAUACUAAAGUGGAUUAUAUUUUCCUCCUUUUUAGUAGGACUUGGAUCACUUUUAUGUGCUUUUCCUUACACUAUUGGUGAAAAUUAUGACCUGGAUAUUGCAACUGAAGAUAUUUGCAAAGAAGCGAAGGUUAUGAAAGCUUGCAAGAAACACAUAUCAUUUCAAUCAAAAUAUGUAUCUUUCUUCCUCCUUGGGCAGACUGUGCAGGGAAUAGCAGGAAUGCCUCUUUAUAUCCUCGGAAUCAACUUUAUUCAUGAGAACGUUGCCACACACUCAGCUGGUAUUUAUUUAGGCCUUGCAGAUGCUUCAGUGUCAGUUGGAUAUGCUUUAGGAUAUGCCAUAGCAGCACCCAUAAAUGAGAACUCUGAGAAUAGUACUUUUGAUAACAGCGUUGAAGACAGUGAUAAUGAUGAACACUGGCUGCAGACUUGGUGGAUUCGUUUUGUUUUUGUCUCAGUCAUUGCGUGGUCCACAAUGGUACCAUUUUCACGCUUUCCAGAGCACAUACAAGGUACAGCAAAGAUCAACUCUGGAAAACACAAGAAGCUUCAUUUGUUGGAUAGAAAAUACAAAGAUCAGGAAUCCAAAGCUAGUAUCAAAGAUUUAUUUGCUUCUGUUUGGAUACUGAUAAAGACGCCAGUAUUUGUAUGCCUGUCUCUGACCAAAGCUUCAGAAUCUUUACUUAUGAUUGGUGCUUCUGAAAUUUUGCCUAAAUAUCUAGAAAAUCAGUUUAUAUUAAAUCCUCAUCAGGCAGCUGCAGUUUCAGGGCUUGUUUUAAUUCCAGCAACUGCAUUUGGCGAGUUUCUGGGAGGUCUCAUUGUUUCCAAGUUACAUAUGUAUUGUAAAGGCUAUAUGAGAUUUGUCAUUGUUACAUCUGCUAUAUCACUUGUACUGGUUGUGCUUUCAAUUUUUGUACACUGUAAUCCCAUACCAUUUGCUGGAAUCAGUGAAGAUUAUGGCGGGACAGGGAAGUUGGGAGACCUGACAGCUCCUUGCAAUUCUGGCUGUAAAUGCUCAACAUUUUAUUCACCUGUGUGUGGAAGAGAUAAUAUUGGAUACUUUUCUCCUUGCUUUGCUGGUUGUACAUAUUCUAAAACAGUAAAUGAUCAGAAGACAUAUUUCAAUUGUUCUUGCAUUACUGAUGGAUUAACAAAUGCAGAUGAGGAAGGUGAUUUUAUUGAUGCCAGAUCUGGGACCUGUGAUACAAAGUGCUAUAAAUUACCUUUGUUCAUUGUUGUUAUGUUUUCUACACUUGUAUUUGCUGCUUUUUCUGGUACACCAAACAUGCUGACCAUCCUUCGGAUCGUACCUGACAAACAACGUUGUCUGGCUUUGGGCAUGAGUUUUGUGAUUUUGAGAAUAUUUGGGAGUAUACCUGGACCAAUAGUGUUUAAAAUGGUAGGAGCAAGUUCUUGUACCUUUUGGGACAGUGGGCACUGUGGAAACAAAGAACACUGUUGGAUCUAUAACAAGACAAAAAUGGCCUACAUGGUUUUAGGAAUAGAGCAGGUGAAGAGCAGUCAUUGCAGUGGGAUGUACUCAGUGUGUGACUACGGCCACGAUGGAGCAAGUCUCAUCCAAAAGAGAUCCGUGGACCCUAGAAGCCCACACUAA